CUCAAUCCCCAUGUAUUACUCACAUUUUGCCAAUUGUUAUUCAAUAAAGAUUUUACUUUGAAAGUUACGACCGGAAAGUUCAAACUUGUAAUGUAGUAUGAAUGAAAGCAGUCAGUAACCUGUGCUGAGAUACCAAACAUGUCCAGCUCAGUAGAGAGAAGUAGGCCUAGUUCAUGACAGCUCAUCACAACACCGCUGUCACCGGAGUCCGCUGCUCGCUGCCCGCUGCCUGGAGCUUCUCUCCCCGCUGCCUGGAGCUUCUCUCCCCGCUGCCUGGAGCUUCUCUCCCCGCCAGCAGCCAGGGGAAGAGGGACAAGGCGCUCUACUGUUCUGCAUGCAAAGCAAUUGCGGAUGAACUGAAGUACUCCAUCAGUCUGGUGGACCCGAAGAAAACCAUCAAAGUCGGCGGCUUUAGACUAAACCCUGAUGGAACCAUGAAAGACAAAAAGGUACCUCUCGCUCGCUCAGAGACUCACCUCAGCGAGCUCCUGGAGGGGGUGUGCAACAGCAUGAGCGACUACGCCGUCCACGUGGACCCCGACACCCAGCACAAACAGUACAGGAGGUUUGCUCCCAGGAGCAAUGGGGCCACCGGGGACUUCCCAGAAUUUAAAAAUUUCCAGUUCGACGGACCAGAGGCAUCAAACGUCCUGAAAUUCGCAUGUGAAAGCAUCGUGGAGGAGCUGGAGGAUGAUAUCAUCUCUCUGUUCAGCCAGGACGUAGAGCAUGUGCACGAGGAGUUAUGCAACAGAAUCUCAGACUACUGCAGAGACAGCAGCCACACCAACGAGGAGUUAUAGUGUUGUUUUACACUUUCAGUGGACGAAGGUGGGACCAGCUUUGUUUCAGAGAUCACAAACAGAGGCCUUUAACAAAAUCACUUACUGACAAACAAUUGACACUUUUUAAAUAAAUAAAAGACCAAAUCUUGAGAAACCC